AGAUACCGCGAGACUUCACGGGCUCACCUCGGCCUUAGCGCGCCGGAAGCGGAAGUCAGGUGGUGGUCGGAGUCUGGCCAAAGUUGGCCUGUUACCUUGGAGAGCCGAAGGGGUUCGGAGGUCCUGUGACGGUGUUCGAGGCCGGAGAUCUGAACAAUCUAAACAUUAAACAAUACAGCUGCCUCAAAUCCCUGGGAAUUUCAGAAUGACUGACACUUCUGAAGCUGUUCCAAAUUUUGAAGAGAUGUUUGCCAGUAGAUUCACAGAAGAUGACAAAGAGUACCAGGAAUACCUGAAACGCCCUCCUGAGUCCCCUCCAAUUGUUGAGGAAUGGAAUAGCAGAGCUGGUGGGAACCAAAGAAAUAGAGGCAAUCGGUUGCAAGAUAACAGACAGUUUAGAGGUAGGGAUAGCAGACGGGGGUGGCCAAGUGACAAUCGAUCCAAUCAGUGGCAUGGGCGAUCCUGGGGUAACAAUUACCCGCAGCACAGACAAGAACCUUACUACCCCCAUCAAUAUGGACACUAUGGUUACAACCAACGGCCUCCCUAUGGCUACUACUGAUAGAAAUGUCAGCAGCUUUUAGUAAAACCAUUUACUCUGUUAACGUGACGAAAGUUUAUGUUGUAUUUUCUGUUGGUCAUAGUUUUACAUCUGAUUGUAGAGAGUGGAUUGAUUUUUUGGAACUUGAGACUUUUUUAAAAUUAGAUCUUACUGGAGAGAUAUGAUGGCUGCUGGAAAUAUCAAUAAAUACUCCCUUAAAAAGGUUGUGGAUUAUAUUGCUUGACUUCUACCUCAGAUUCUUCUUUAUUUCAUGACUUAAUAGUGCUUUGAAUGUUGUGAAUUUUUUCCUUGUUUGACUUUCAGGAGUUCUUUGUUUUACACAGAAAUAAAAAUUUUACAUAGAAAAUGCUUGCUUUUACUUUGUAAGGUAAGGAAGUAUCCCUAUACUCGGAUGUGCUCAUUCCUAAUAUUUUACAGAAGUAGUACAAUCAGCUCCUAAAUGCACAACUAUGCUUACUUGUGAUAUAUUGUACAUAGUAGUAGUUGAAAGGAAAACAGUUAUAGUAUAUUUUGUUUGGCUUUUGUUAUUAUGUGACUGUGGUACUUUGUAAUUACUCUAUAGGUAUGAAUCAUCUUCACAAUCGUUUUGGUCUCUUUUUAGAGGAAUAUCAAGAGUAAAGCUGUAAAAUCAGGAAGGA